AUGGACAUUUUUGCAAAACUCAAUGUCGGCUCUGUCCUUCAACUCCACACCGUGAUGGAUAAUUUGAAACUUGUUGCACAACAGCAUAAAAGCUCCUGUACGUUUCAAACGGGCGACCUGACUGGCUGUUACAGUUGCGCCACAGGAGCACUACUCGACCUCGCCUGUACAAGCGAUGAAGGAGAAACCACCGCUUUCAUCAACUGUCAAGAUCAAACUCAGAUGGCGAAAUGCACCCCAACCACCCACGUCAACGCACUCGUAUUUCACUUCUCUACGAAUCACGUCCUCGUCUCUUGCUCUGCGUCUUGCCCGGGAGGCUCUGCCAACAUCACGAUCAGAGGAACACUAGCCUACGUGAAAGAUGAUUUCCUCAACAAUGGACUCAGUGUUGGCAGCGAAAGAAGAACUUCUCUACAAACAUGUCAUUUUUUGCAGAUUUGA